AGAAAGCCAAUUUACGCGUAGAACGGCGCUAGCUGUAGAUGCUGUACCCACUCCAUUUUUUUUCUUCUUAUUAUAUGCUUUUAAUAAUUUUAUGUCGUUAUUAAACUCAAAAUAUUUUCUAUUUUAAAAAUAUAUGAAUAUAAAUAUUUCCACUAUGAACACAAACUUACUGCAAACAAUUAGCUGGCAAGAACUGAGAUAACUUUGUUCAAAGGGAAAGAGAACAGAUAGAUCUCUUUCUAUAUCUGGGUUUCUUUCAAAAGAUAACUUUUUUCUGGGUUUUUGUUGAAAUUUUCUUCCAAGAAAUCAUCUUUUUCCUUUUAUAAUUUGUUAUUUUAGCUCAUUUUGCUAUUAUGGAGUGCAGACAUUGUUUUUCUUGUAUUUUUCUACUGUUUUCUUUCUUCAUUUCAGCUUCAGCUUCAGCUUAUUUAUCAGAUGGGAUUUUUGUUAAUGAAGGUUUAACUGGGAGGAAUCUACUUCAAGCCAAGAAACCUUGUCCUAUCAGCUUCGAGUUUCAAAACUACACAGUUGUCACUACCCAAUGCAGAGGACCGCAAUACCCAGCCAAACAAUGUUGUGCAGCCCUUGCGCAGUUUGCUUGUCCCUAUUCAGACUAUGUGAAUGAUUUGACAACUGAUUGUGCCUCUACCAUGUUCAGCUACAUUAAUCUUCACGGGAAGUACCCACCCGGUCUUUUCGCCAGCGAAUGCAAUGGUGACAAAAAGGGGCUACCAUGUCCUGAUUCUGCAUCAUCAGAAUCUGCCAGUGCUAAUAAUAGUCAUAUGAGCUGUAGACUAUCACCGAUCCUGAUGAUUGCAACAGCUAUUAUGGGCUUGUUGUUGUUGCUUCUCUGAAGACCUCUUCAAGGUUUUGGCGUAGUUUCUGUAUUCUUUAUUGUCAAAUAUUGUUGAACUCCGGAUUUUCUUCUACCACGUUACCACUGAUUAACAAUCAACAAGAAACUCAUUUGAGCCUCCUCUUGUAAUUCUUGAUAUAUUACAACAGCAGUUACUGCUGAUACUUGUGUAUUGAAAAUGACUCUCCUUGGUAACCCGAGGAUCUGUUAAAUAUUAUUUCAUUUUGUUGUA